AUGUUCAGUUCCGCGUUGAAAUCCUUCACUUCGAAUAUCAACUCGAACUACUCUGUCUCGUCUACGCCCAGUUCAUACUCGGGACCAUGGAAAAUAUACGAUGCGAAGAAGAAAUCGACAGGAAAGACUGCUUCAGUCUUUGUCCUCGAUCGCAAAGCCUUAGACGCACAUGCAGGAUCCUUGGGACGAUCGAGUGCUACCUCGAUGAAGCGUGCGACUGAGGAGGUAAUUGAAAGAUUAAAGAAAGAAGCUUCGUCUUUGGCAAGGCUGCGGCAUCCUAGUAUUCUGGAACUGGUAGAGCCGGUGGAAGAAUUGAGGGGUGGAGGACUGCAAUUUGCGACAGAAACCGUAACGGCUUCGUUAUCUGGCCUACUACAGGAAAAAGAUGAACAAGAAAGAGCUGGUGGAAUUGGCGGACGCUCAAGUCGAUAUGUCACCGAGGAUUCGGAAGGUGGCAGAAGGAGGAAAGAAGUUGAGAUAGACGAAUUGGAAAUACAAAAGGGUCUUUUGCAGAUUAGCAAAGCAUUGGAGUUUUUACACGAUAAUGCUGGCCUCGUACAUGGGAACCUGACUCCUGAUGCUGUGUUUGUGAAUGCUAAGUCUGAUUGGAAACUUAGUGGACUUAGCUUUUGCAGUCCGCCAGACAAUUCGACUAAAGCAUCUUCAGUGCAACCCAUUAACCUCUCCGAGGUUCUGAAUAUCGAUCCUCGACUACCCCGUUCUGUCCAGAUCAACCUUGACUACUGUUCCCCAGAUUUUGUCCUAGACUCGAAUCUAAAUGUUUCAGCAGAUAUGUUCUCACUAGGUCUUCUCAUCGUCGCUCUCUAUAAUUCGCCUCACACAUCACCACUGGAGUCUAACAAUAGCGUAUCUGGUUACAAAAGACUAUUUACCUCAUCUUCCACCAUCCCCUCAUCUAGCAAUACCUUCUUAUGUAAAAAGCCAUUGCCGAGAGAUAUGACUGGCGAGGUACUACCGCGAUUGAUUACUAGACGUCCAGCGCAACGUAUGACCGCGAAAGAGUUCCAGGACAGCGCUUAUUUUAAUAACAUUCUGAUAUCUACAAUUCGGUUCUUGGACUCUCUACCUGCUAAAACUCCUAAUGAGAAGGCCCAGUUCAUGCGCGGUCUAUCCAGGGUGCUGCCAUCAUUCCCAAAGAGUGUCAUGGAAAAGAAGGUUUUGCCGGCUUUGUUAGAAGAAAUGAAGGACCGAGAGCUGAUAUCAUUGAUUUUACAAAAUAUUUUCAAGAUAAUCGAAUUGUUACCCUCCGGAAGAAGGCCCUUUACCGAAAAGAUCAUGCCUAGGCUUAAAGAGAUAUUUCUGAACAACCCCAAACCUCCUGCCGAGCGUGAUGCUGCGAAGGAAGCUGGGCUGAUGGUAUUGUUGGAGCACAUUCAAGUAAUAUCUGUCAAUUGUUCGGGUAAAGAGUUUAAAGAUGAUAUCUUGCCCAUUGUAGCGAUAUCGAUAGAUUCGCCAACGCAUGCACUUGUAGACGCUGCUUUGCGAAGCUUGAAUGUAGUUCUUCCUAUCCUUGAUUUUUCUACUAUCAAGAAUGAAUUAUUCCCAGUCAUCUCUUCGGUGUUCACAAAGACCAGUAGUCUAGGAAUAAAGGUCCGAGGGCUAGAGGCUUUUGUUGUUCUUUGUGGUGGCUCAAAUGAUCCAGCUUCUGGCAAUGAUGGUCUCGAUGGCAUUGGGGGCGCUAAGAAAAACACAUCCACCCCCCUCGACAAAUAUACCAUGCAGGAGAAGAUAGUACCUUUAAUUAGGGCAAUCAAGACGAAGGAACCUGCUGUUGCAGUCGCUGCUCUAAACGUUCUGAGACAGAUAGGUAAUAUAGCUGACGCAGAAUUCGUUGCUAUGGAUAUUCUCCCGAUAUUAUGGAAUAUGAGUUUGGGGCCACUCCUGAAUUUACAGCAAUUCCAAUCUUUCAUGGAACUCAUCAAAAGCUUAUCCGUUCGAGUGGAAUCUGAGCAAACAAAGAAGUUGCAAGAGCUAUCCGGUACUAACGGUGCAGGUGUAAGGGCAAAUGGUACCGAUGAUUUUAUGUCGUUUGGCGCCGCCUCAGCCUUCCCAUCCGCCGUGGGAUCAGAUGAUCCUGAAAUGGAUUUCGAACGACUUGUUAAGGGUGGAACUGGUGCACCUUCAUCAAACAACGCCUUAGAUUCCAGCUGGGAUGCCAAUCCCACAAGCCCCCAUGCACAACAACCACAGUCGGCGCAACCAAAACCAUCUUUUGCAUGGUCUACUCCAUCACCAACAGCGCCUACGUACCCUUCCAACUCAAUUAAUAAUGUCCUUCGACCACAACAAGCGACGUCACGAACAGUCACUCCAGACCUCUCAAGCUUUGGUGCCCUAACACCAUCAGCUACCCAAUUCUCACAGCCGCUUCAGCCGCAACCUUCAUUUUCUCAACCCCAACCCUCCUUCUCACAACCCCAAUCCGCGUUUCCUCCACCCAAACCUUCAACCUCGACUUUGAAUUGGAACAGUGCAACUGCAUCCUCAACUCCCAACCCAUGGGGCUCUACGCCUACAACUUCGACCCUAUCACCCAUCUCACCACCUCCUUUGAACUCUUUCUCUUCAAUGAGCAACUCAAUGUCUUCACUUUCUAUGAAUCAAAUGAACCAAGCUAGACCCGCCUUGAGCAGUUCGCAGAGCGCCUCGAGUGCGUUCUCAGGAUUUUCAUUACCUCCACCACCCAGUGCGGGGACUGGGGGCGCAGGGAACUACAGUUCCUUUGGGGGUACUAGUGGAAAUGGGCUGGGAAGUGGCGGAAUGGGCAUGGGUAUGGGAAUGGGACAGCAAAGGCCGGUUGUGCAGCAGCAGCAGCAACCACAGAAGAAGAGCGGCUUGGAUGCAUACGAGAGUUUAUUGUGA